UAUAUAUCGGCAGUCGCCUGUAUCACAUGUGGAAGACGGCGGCGUAAAGGUAUGAUGCUUGUUGAUACCUUUCCCCAUCGGAAGCCAACCCUCGCCGCCCUCCUCCUCGCCUCCCGUCUCAUCUCCUCCUCUCUUCCUUCCUUUUUGCCUCGCCUUCUUGAUCGUUAUGGCUUCGUGCCGCCUCCCUCCCUUAGUCCCGAUAACAACCCUAGCCCUCACAAUCCUGAAGUGGAAGCCAACAAUAAUCGCAAGAAUACAAAAAAGAAGAAGAAACCUCCCUACAAGCCUCCAUCAUCACUCGACCGCACUGGCAAGAAGCCUCUCCACUCCAACCUCCCAUUCGAUUUCCGCUUUAGCUACACUGAGAGCAGUUCAAGCGUCAAGCCUAUCGGGCUACGGGAGCCCAAGUAUUCGCCUUUUGGUCCAGGUCGUUUCGACCGUAUCUGGACUGGCUUCUGUGCUCCAGCCGUUGACCCUACGGUGACAUCGGUUGAUGGUGAUGGUCCUGGAACCAUCGAUUUGAAGAAGGCAAAGGAGUCCAGAGCGAAGAUUCUAGGGAAGCCCCUUACGCCUGCCGAGAAAGCAUCUCUAGUCGACAAAUGCCAGAAACACCGGACCAGACGGGAAGUUCACCUCGGGAGAGACGGCCUUACACAUAACAUGUUGAAUGACAUUCACAAUAAUUGGAAGAAUGCUGAGGCUAUAAGGAUAAAGUGUCUUGGUGUGCCAACUAUGGAUAUGCAAAAUGUUUGCACCCAACUCGAGGAAAAGACUGGAGGACUAAUCAUACAUCGCCAUGGUGGGCAAAUAAUAUUGUAUAGAGGAAGACAUUAUAGUAAAAACAAAAGGCCAAUAAUUCCAUUGAUGUUGUGGAAACCUCAUGAACCAGUGUAUCCUAGGUUGAUUAAAACAACAAUUGAAGGUCUAACUAUUGAGGAAACCAAGGAAAUGAGGAAGAGAGGUUCUGCUGUACCUGCCUUGACAAAGCUUGCGAAGAAUGGAUAUUAUGCAAGUCUGAUACCUAUGGUUCGUGAUGCAUUUUUGACUGAUGAACUUGUUCGUAUAGAUUGCAAAGGUCUCGAGAGAAGUGACUACAAGAAGAUUGGGGUUAAGCUCAGGGACUUGGUUCCUUGUAUCCUUGUGACUUUUGAGAAGGAGCAAAUUGUUGUAUGGAAAGGAAAAAACUAUAAUGGAAAUGCCAAGACUAGGUUGGAGGAAAUAAUUUCUGCUCAAAACACUGAAUCAAACAUUUCCAGUGAGAACAGCUCCACUGGCUCCCACAGUUUAAGCUCAGAUGAUCAAACAUUGCAACCCGCUGCAAUUGGAUAAGCAGACGAAGUUAUGAUUGCUCUAAAGGCUUAUGACACGCAUUCACAAGAUCGGUGCCACUUUCUUCUCAGGCAUUUGUCAGCAUCCAUCAAGAGGAGGUAUCUUACCAGUUGAAGGAGUCAAUUUUCCGAUCAACCAUUAAUUAUAGGCUGCAGCUCUUGCUCUUGACUGAGUUCACAAUUGUAGGUAUCAUCAUAUUUGAAUCACAACUGGUACCGAACCAGCCGAACUGGUUCGGUACAAGUUACCAACGCUGCAUUUAUCUCCUGCCGAUGCAUAACCCCUGAGAUAUGUUGUAUUAAUUUAGCAAUAUAUUUCUGCAUAUAACUUUUGAGAGAUGUGUGGCAUCGAAUUGUCCAUGUUUCAUGAUUUUAUAUAUUUUCCUUCUAUUUGAGCU